AUGUUGAGUUUUGCACUUUUACCAGAGAUGAACUGGGAGGAGCGCUUUGCUAUUCCUGGACCUAAUGCUGAAAACAAGGCCUUAAUAGAAGAGAUUGGCAAGAAAACGAGGGAGCUUUUGCGGCUGAAAAGCAAACGGGAGAAUCACAGAGAUCAAAAACAACUGGCGACAGACUUCCUGCAAAAUGUUAAAAAGGAGAAGGAAAACACUGCGGCUCUGUGCAGGGCCAAAGACAGAGAAGCCGAGUCGGAGAGACACCUCACCGCCAUCGCAGAGAGAGAAACAGGUCGCCUGGUGCAGGACCACGCCAAGAUGGAGAAUGAACUUCGAUCUUUGGCUGAGAGGAAAAACAUGCUCGAGAACAACAUCUUUAAGGCCAGACAGAAGCUGGAGCAGUUUCAGACACAGAUGCAGUGGGACCAGCAGGCCAUGGACUCUUUCCUGGAGGAGUCGGCGCAAAAAGAGGAGGACUUGAUGGCCAUCGUUAAGUAUUCGCAGCAAGAUGAGCAGAGGAUUAAGUCCCUCACUCUGGCCAUGGAGAGAAUGACAACGGAGGCCAACAAGAAGCGCAAAGAACUUGACAAGGAAAUGACAGAGAAUUUGUCCACACAGAUUGCUCUAGACAAGACCGCAGAGAAUUUGCAGCAGGCUCACCUGGAAACCGAGCAGAUCCUCCACCAGUGGGAAAACACCAUCCGACAGAUGAAGCAAAGAGAUGCUGACAUACAACAAUAUGCCCUGAAGCUGUCCCAGACCAACCAGACCAUGCGGGAAAGGAACGACUCCCUAACAGAAAUGAAGCGGCUCCAGGACUUGCAGAUGGCCGACAACAAGGAAAAAGAGAAAAGGUUAACAGCGACCAAUCGACACGCUGCAAAACUGCGCCUGGACUUGAAGGAGCACGAGAAGAACCGCGUGGCGAUGCAGGAUGAGCUAAAAACUUGUAAAACCUCCCUGGAUAGAACGGCGUCCACGGUGGAGUCUGUGAAGUCCAACAUCUGCAGGCUGAAGGAAGAGAUCCAGAAAAGCAAUGUCAGACUGGAGCGGAGCGCGGCCCAGAAUGCUGAACUUGAGGAGAUGCUGGAAGCUGUGACGCAGAACGCCUUGAGCGAGAAGGAGAAAGCUGCGCUGAUGGAGAAUUUCCUCAAGGAUGAGGAACAGGCCAUCAAGGAACUUGAUGUCCAACUACGAGACCGCAGGGAGGAGCUCUUUCGUUGUAAACAGCAUGUCGAAACCCUGAGAAAAAAGGAAAAGGAUUUUCUGGCCCAGGAAUCGAGGAGCAAAGCCACCAUCACCAAUCUGGAACGUGAGAUACGGAAACAAGAAGAGAAUUUGAUAAGACAGCAGAUGAUCAUGAAUGAGAAGGACGUCCAGAUGAUCUUUUUGGAUAAGAAGCUUGCGCGACUGCAAGGUGUCGACGACUCUGCGGAAAAGCAAAUGUUGGAAAUGAAGAUAAGCGAGUUGACAAAAGCUCUUGAUGAGAUGAAGAAGACAUCUGGAAAAAUUAUCAGCGCAAUCAAAGAGGCUGAGGGUGACAUUCGUUAUUUGAGGAAGGAAAAUGAGACGUCUGCAGCUAAUAAGGAAGAUCUGCAGAAGAAAGUAGAAGACAUGAUGCUGAUCAAUAACAAUACUGAAAAGGAGUUAAAGAAACUCAGCUUCAAGAAACAGGAACUACUGGUAGAGCAAAACAUCACCAAGCUAGAGGUGAAGCGCAAAAGGGAUCUUCUGUUCAACAAAGCCAACAGCAUGGUGUCGUUGGAGAAAAGACAGCUGGACAUGAAGAAAGCCAUUUUGGAGAGGCAAGAGGAGAUCAGCGUCUACAAACAAAUGCUCGUCAAGCAGCUGAGGACCACCGAGCAGGAGAGACAGAAAAUCCGUGCUGAACUGAGUGGAAACCUGUCCAAGAUUGAGGCCGUGAAGAAACACUUCGAGGUCGUGACCUUUUCCAUGGCAGCACCCGGAGAGGAUGAAGAGGAUGCGGUGAAAUCGCAAGCUCACUACAUCGCCAUGUCUGGACUAGAGAGAGCAGAACUCAUACAUCAGGGAGAGCGUCUGAGCGCCAAAAUCCGCAAGGCCGAGGAGGAAAACAAAGCUCUGGAGAACACCAACAUGUUGUUCAGCCUCAGCAAUUCUGGAUUCCUCACCGCAAUCAACUCAUCAAAAGAAUCCGGUCCAGAAUACCAAGAGAAAAUCAAGAUGGAGGAAGAGUUGCGUGUGGCUGAAGAGACACUCAAGAACAAGAAAAAACUAAUCAAGGAGCUUCAGGAAGAACAACAGGACAUGAACAAUACCUUGGAGGAUCUGCAACAGGCUAAACGGCUUGAGAACGACAAAAUUGAACACACAAAGUCCCUCAUCUGCAAACUGAAUAAGGAGCUUGCUUCCCAGCAGGAAAAGAUUCAAAGGGCCACCAAACAGUGUUCCAAACUGACGCGAAAGAUCCGCUCAUCCAGAAACACCAAUUCAGAGACAUUUGAGGAGAAGGACAUCAGGCUGAAGCUGCUAAAAGACUUUAACAAGAGUAUCAACAAGAUGCUUCAUGACGCCAUCCAGGACCAACCUGACCUCAGGUCAACACUGGAGAAAUACUUUGUUCAGGCCAACCUCUCUUUUCCGUCUCCUUCCUCCACUCCCGGCAGCCACCGGAGCUUCAAAACAAACUCAGCUCGCAGCUCUGCCUCUCCCAGGUCUCUUGCAUCCUCAGCCAGCAGUUCCAGAACCUCCGCCUCUCAGUCCACUCGACUGAAUACUGUGGUCCUGGGAUGCGAUCUGCCUCUCCCCACCUCUCCUGUUUCGACCAGCCGCACCUUAAAGAGUCCAUAAGGUGCUGUUUUUACUAAAA